UUAACGAAUUGUAAAUGUUCUUAACUCCUGACCAGUGUAAGUAUACUGAGCAGUGCCUACAUCCUGUCUUCCUUCGCAUAUUACAGCGCACUUAGCUUUAGAGUAUAACUUCCUAGUUCAAAAAACAAAUUGCAGGGGAAUAAUACGGGCUUCCAGCUUGCUAUCAUUAGCUAUUUUAGAAAUUAAUAAGUGAGUCAACAAAAUAGAGUCCGUUCAGUCAUCCGAAAUACACUGUUAGACAGUAAUGCGAUAUAAAUGGUGGGUACUAUGUAUUGUGGAAGCUCGUACCUAAAAUAUAUUAAUGGAGCCUCAGAGAAGCAACCUUGAUGAUACUCACUGAGCCUCCCCAGCAAUAUGGCUUAGUAAUUCGGUGUAGUCAGAUGAGCGACUUAAGACUUAUAUAAAUGUCCAUUUAAGGAUUGGCUCAAUUUGUAAAAAAUAUGUGAGUAAAAAUGUUUUAAUGAUAACCGCAGUUUAAUUUGACAUAACGAAGGAAAUAGUCCUCGAAUCUAGCGAAUCAUAGCAGUUUUAAUUUACUGCCUCUGACACUAAAUCUAACGAUUCUUUACAAGGGUAACUACAAAAGCCGAUCAUUUACAAGUAGUUCUGGCUGAUUAGAAAGGCCUCUAGGUUGUACCUGCAUUAUGCAAGAAUGUCCUGUGCAUGUGUCUGUGGUAAUGGAUGAUAAUCUUGCAUUUCAAAGAGAUUUCAAAGAGUUAAUAUAGCGGAGAGGACCCGCAAAGUAAACAUACAAUUCAGUUUUUGACAACCAUUGAUUUGUACGCGGAGAUAAUAAGUUAGUAGUGUAGAUGAGAAUGCUGCUCAAAGCCUCAUGAAGGCCACAAAAUCGAGGCUUACAAGGUUAGUAGUUCACAAAAAUCUUAUAAAAUGAAUAAUACUAUUUCAUUUCUGGACUUACUGUAAACCUUAGAGUAUGCUCAUUCCAUGUAUCUCAUUACACUAUAAAUAAUGAUAAUAUCACUACUACUACCAAUAACAAUAAUAGACACUUUUCCAUUUUUCUAAAAUUGCAAGAUCUGAGUCAUUAAUAAUGCCAUAUUAAAAGCCAAUAUUGUCCUUAGACAUCGCAGCACUUUUCAGGAUAAAGCCCAAUUUGUAAUGAUCUGCUAAUUAUCGUCUAACAAACCGUACCGUAGCGAUAAUGCAGCAAUAGCAUGGCCAGGAUAUAACAACGGAAUUCAGCAAACCCGAUGUUUACUUCAGAUGUCAAUCAAUAUACAAGGACCUAAUAUAAGCCUUGCAUAUAUUAGUACAAAUAGCUUUAUUGGCGAUUUUUUUAUCACCAACUGCUUCGACUCAAGCUGCUUGUUUAUGUAAAUUCAAUAAUUAUAUAUUCCACUUCAUAUAUUCUGAUCUAUCGUACGCUGAUAAAUACCGUUUCUUUCUUUGGCAGUACGAUAUCUGCAUAUUUGUUCCCUAUAAAUUCAAUAGCUAGCCAUUAUAUCAUUGGGGAUCGAUUAGUACGAUGCGCGCGCGAGUGUUUAGUUUGUGCACAACUGCCAUUCUAAUAAUCACAGGCGUCCGGCCUUUGUGUGUCAGACAGAGAUUGUCUAUCCUCCGAAAAAGCUCCACUCUGCGUUUCAUAGCAGCAGCAGCAACGCCAGCCAGUCACCUCAACAUCUCCCUCGUCCCUUCGCCGCACAGCUUCUAUCGCUUUGAGCAGUCCAACAUGGUGCGGCCCUGGUACGGUCGAACGCUCGUGAGUGCAACCGGUACUAUGGUAGUGAUUUUCGCGCUAUUCUGGCCAGUAAAAUGCCGCUACAGCGACGAAGCCGAGUUCACAUUAUCGAUUCCAGCCGGCAAGGAAGAAUGCCUCUUCCAGAACGCCCGAAAAAAUCAACUCCUUGAGAUAGAAUAUCAAGUUCUUGAUGCCGGCUCGAUGGGGGAAAAUUCGCUAAGUGUGGAUUUUACGCUGACUGCUCCCGAUGGAACUGUUAUGGUUCGGGAGGAGGAUAAACCGGACUCUGUACAUCGACUUGAGGUGAAAGUUGACGGUGAUUAUAAAAUCUGUUUAGGAAACACCCGUUCAUUACUCAGUGCGAAACAGGUCUACCUCGAAGUGUUCGUCGACAACGGAGAUAGUUCACGAGAAGUCGAGGACGAUGAUCCCUUCGGGUUGGGCAGCGUUACCCUGACCCCUGAUCAGGGCUUUAAUUCGAGUGACAUUGAUAAGAUGAAGGCUAGACUUAAUCGUCUCUACGAUUUGCUCAACCAGGUCGAACGCUAUCAGGAAUGGCAAAAGGCUCAUGAAGCGCGCCACCGGAACUUAGUCGAACACAACUUUUCCAAAGUUAAUUGGCUUUCGUUUAUACUAACCGUCGUCGUUGUUAUAGUCGGUUCGAUUCAAGUAUAUAUUAUUCGAGGGUUCUUUGAUAAUAAGUCGACAGUGCAUCGAUUUUUUAAGCGAAUCUGAGCCCAGAUUUUUUGAACAUUCCGUACCUAAAUUUUUGGUACGGACCCGGAAAAUAUGGAAGAUUCGUUAGUUAGCCAAUGCAGACGAAAUUUGGCCGUGUAUGUGCGAUUAAAAAAUAUAACGAUACCCUGUAAGCAAUAAUGGAGUAUCAACGGCACUUCAGUGUAAUGUCCGAAGAGCUACAUGUACAGUAUCCGAAAAGUCUCUAUGCGACUAUAGUGUUACCUCAACGUACGAGGUUUAUAUGCCAUAAUUUUUUCGACGAUGUCAUUAGUUCAAUGAUUUUUCAAGCGUUAUCUGAAUUUUUCAAUUAUCUUCAACUUUUACUGUGUGAGUAUUAAGCGAGAAACGCCAUGCUUAAUAUAAUAAUACAACUAAGAACAAAAGUGUCUUUGCAUGCGUGUCCAGUCAGAAGAGAUUUCUUAACAAACCUAAUCGUUACCCAUGGGUAUAAAAACAGGUUAUCUGUUUAUAUUAUAUUGUUGUGUAAAUCUAUAUUGGACGUGAGGACGGUAUCCACCGGGUAAUAUAUAUAUAUAUAACCUUUUUCCACCUACUUAAUCUUUCUGUCUCUUUCGAAAAGUAAUAAACAUAUGAUCUAUUGAAAUUAGUAUUAUCAUAGCAUUAUUACCCGCAUUCUGGUAAGUGUAUAAAUUUAAACUUCUUUACUUAUGCGAACAAGAAAUUUUUAGGACAAAUAUUGUUGAUUUGCUAAUUUGUUAUUGUGUGUUUGCUCUGAGAGAAUGACCUGUAAGAGGCAAUACCAAAGCUAUGGUUGUGCUAUGAGGAUAGCAAAGGGUCAGCGUAAUUCCUUUUUAUUGGUUAGCUGUCACCGAUAAAAAGGAUUAAAUAGAUCGGCUGGCGCUGACUGCGAACACCCAUAGAUAAUUACAGGUAGAUAUGCCGCCUAUCUAAGGGCGCUUACGUAAUUCUACUUAUUAUUUCGGUUAUCACGAAGUUCAUUCGCUUUAGUAAGUUGACUUAGCAACUACAUAUAGUCAAAGUCGAGGUUUCAUCUUUAUUAUUAUUACCCUUAUUUUUGUUUUUAUGCGUUUGUUAGUACCACCCAAUAGUGGCUUGUAUUGGAUUGCGUAGUUCAGGUGGCUUAAAUAAGUCUGGGAUUAGCAAUUCUGGUAAAUAGCGUUUCUAAAAGGCAAGUGACUGGAAUUAUCAUGCGAACAUGUUGAUAUUUGAACACAUGGACACUCGUUUUUCAGUCAAACUUAAGUUUUUUUUUUCAAGAAAACAAAUUGCCGUCCUUGUGGUUGCUACAAAUAGACACUGGCGGUGAUCCUUGAACAAUAGGUCUGUAAAAAAAACAAGUAUUAUAUUUUAAUAAACAAUAUGUUUUUAA